UGACUGAGUGCAGGCAGCAGUUCAGCAUAUCACCCGGGUUGGAUAGAUCAAAAGCAAAAGCUGCUUGAGAAACACUCGCCCUGUCGUUCUUCGAAUCUGAGAUCGUCUCAAGAAGUCGACAUGGCGGCCCCGCCCCCGCCAAAUAGCCAGAUUGCCCCGCUCCCGGGCAAUCUCCCGUUCCGGAUCGUCAGCAAGACGAUAGGGAUGGGCGCAUAUGCAUCCAUUCGCAAAGCAAUCCCCAUGGACGCGCCCAGCCCAGUCAUAGCGGUGAAAUUCAUCAACAAAGAACAUGCCCUCAAGCAUGGUCGACUUUCGGAAAAACACAUCAAGAUGGAGGUUGCCAUCCACAAGCAUCUCGGCAAACAUGCGCAUAUCAUUCAAUGUCUGGCAAAUGGCGAAGACCACUACUGGCACUGGAUCGCCAUGGAACUUGCGGACGGCGGCGACCUCUUCGACAAGAUCGAGGCGGAUGAAGGCGUAGGCGAGGAUAUUGCUCAUGUGUAUUUCCACCAGCUGAUUGAUGCGCUGGGAUACAUGCAUUCUAAGGGUAUUGCACAUCGGGAUAUCAAGCCCGAGAACGUGCUGCUGAGUGGGGACGGUGACCUAAAGAUCGCCGACUUUGGGCUGGCAGCGUUGUUCGAGAAGGACGGCGUGAAGAGGUUGUGCAACACAGUCUGCGGGAGUCCACCCUAUAUCGCACCCGAGAUCGUCAGUGGGCGGCGGAGCAAGAGGAAGGACAUCCUCGAUGAGGGGUACCAGGCAAACAUUUGCGAUAUCUGGAGCUGCGGCGUCGUGCUGUUCGUGCUGCUAGUGGGUAACACCCCGUGGGAAGAACCGACUAUGCGUAGCGAUGAAUUCAGGGAGUACGUGGACACGGAAGGAAGGACGACGGAUGAGCUGUGGGAGAAGAUACCGCCGGCGCUGCUCUCCCUGCUGAGAGGCAUGCUUAAGCUGAAUCCCGAUGAGAGGAUGAAGCUCGACGAGAUACGCACGCAUCCUUGGUACACGCGCAAGAACCCGUUCCUUACGCCGAAUGGAAGGACAACCAACCAGGUUGGCAUGGCCACGCAGAUGCUGACCCAACUUCACAUCGGCGUCGACCGCCCGCCCGUACAGUCCCAGCGCGGCUUCUCACAAGACCCAGACGCUAUGGACGUCGAUUCCGAUCCGCACCGCUCACGCGCCAACCCAGCGAACAUCAACGGCCUCUCAUCAACCCAGCCCGAGACCCCACUAGCAGACACGCCCUUCGACUGGGAGCGUCCCGCGCGCACAUACUCCCAGGAAGCAGUCUCACAGCCGAGCCUAUACGAUCGAGCACCGUCCUCAAGCAUGAUCGGCGGUCCCUCAUUCCUCUCCCAACUCUCACCCUCAACUCAGGACAUCCUCUCGCAAGACCCCUCGAUGUCGCAGUUCUACGCCACGCCCUCCGUCCCCAUGACGCUUACCCAAAUGGCGCGCAAGUUCGGCGACAUCAUGCCGUCGCACUCGCUCUCGCGCUUCCUCUCCCCGCUAGCCGUCUCGCUGCUCGUGCCCCUCCUCAUCGAAGCGCUGCACCGCCUCGGCGUCCCCGCCGCCGCGAUCCCCGAAGAGCACCUCGCGGAGAUGAAUCGCGCGGGGAAGGCGAGCGUGCGCGUGAAAAUGGCGGAUGGGCGGCGGCAGGGCCUGAAUGGGCACAUUGUCGUGGAGCGGACGCAGAUCAUGGAGGAGAAGGUGAGCGAGGUGCGGUUUGUGAAGGCGAGUGGGGAUCCGUUGGAGUGGAGGCGGUUCUUUAAGAAUGUGGUGAGGUGUGUGGGGGAUGCAGUUUUGAGGCCGGAUUAGAGGGUGUACAGAGUAUGAAGGGGAGGGUGGUAGUGAGGCAACCUGAGAGCGUUGUGGUCCGCGACAUGCGGGUGGUUUAACUAGCUAUAUGUAAUGACUCACACCGUUGAACACCAAUGAUCGAGCC